AUGUCAUGUCUUCCAGCUUACAAGAACUGUGCUGAACUGUACAAAGCUGGAAAACGAACAAGUGGAGUUUACAAGAUGGACCCAGACGGUGCUGGUGUCUUUGACGUGUACUGUGACCAAAAAACAGCCGGUGGGGGGUGGACAGUGUUCCAAAAGAGACUGGAUGGCUCGGUUAAUUUCUACCGCGGCUGGAACGACUACAAAAAAGGGUUCGGAAAUCUGAAUGGCGAGUUUUGGCUUGGACUGGACAAAAUUCACCGCCUGGCAAAAACUAAAAGCAAACUUCGAGUGGAUCUAGAGGACUUCAACAGAAACACGGCUUAUGCCGAGUACAGCUACUUUGCUAUAACAGACGAGAGAAGCAAAUAUAAGCUGAGUCUUGGAACUUACUCCGGUAAUUGUAUUACUAACUUGAUUAAAAAUGGAGUUCGGGGAAACGUCUUUUAAAGGCCCCAGUUAAUGCUAAUGAUUUUGACGUUUAAGAAAUAAAGAGUCACCACAGUCCCAUACGCAGUAAAGUAUUUAAUAAUCACACCGCUAUCAUAAAAUAAGAGUACGGCAAAUUAAUAUAAUAUGGAGCGUUAGAGUGAUUUCACUACGACCAUGAAACGGCUUCAUUGCUUCCCGCUGUUUCUAGAUCUUAACCAUCCUAUUAAGAAUAACAGUUAUGUGGAGAUAAAUGUAAGGAAAUAUCGUUUCUUCCAAUUUCAUUCUCCAGGAAAUGCUGGUGACUCGCUAAGUUUUCACAGAGGCUCUCCUUUCUCAACUAAAGAUCGAGACAAUGACGGCUCGUCUAAUAACUGUGCCACACGUUUCAAGGGGGCUUGGUGGUACGAGAGAUGUCAUGAGUCCAACCUAAACGGCCUCUAUCAUCGCGGAAGACACUCUUCAUAUGCUGAUGGUGUGAACUGGUAUCACUGGAAGGGACAUCACUACUCCGUUAAACGAGCUGAAAUGAAAAUCAAACCAGUCAACUUCUAA